CCAAUCUUUAGUUGGACCAAUCGUACCUUCAGAGUGUGGAGUAAUUAAUAAACGCAACAGCCAAUCAGUAUCCCCACCAAUGUCAGAUGCAAGGAAGAGGCACCAACAUGUCUCUAGUGGGUCACAAGUGUCCAACAUCAAUGGAUCCAAGAAACUUGAGCAAAUUAUGGGUGCUAGCACAGGUGAGGUUAUUGUUGGAAGAGAAAUUCACAAUCAUCCUUCAUUUAUCACUACUGCUGAAUUGAUACAAAGAAGCAAGAAGGUUGCUGCAAACCAAAACAAGAAUGAGGCACCAAGGGAGCAUAUCUCUGCAACAACUGAUUUUGCAGAUUUUCUAUCACAGACUACUGUAGAUUUUCCAACACAAAACUCGGCUACAUUUGAAGGAAAUAAUUGAUGGAUGUAUUUGUCAGAUGGAUUGUUUUUCUUUUUUGUUUCUUUCUUUGUUUUUAAAUGUUUUUUGUAAGCUACAUAUCAAUGUGGAACUUAAGUUUGGUUAACAUUAUGGAGACAAUUACCAAUUUUGCAUA